AAUCUACUUGCCUGAUCAAUAAUGCUGCUUAAACAGUUCAUGUUUUCAUUGGUUUUGUUUGGACAAUUUAAAUUUGGGUUUAAUGGCUUAAGAAAAGGUUCGGUUUUUGAAAAGAAAAAGAGAACCUGUCAUUUCUCAAAUCCUUGUUUUCCGUCCACCCAUUAAGGGUGACCUUUUGUUUUCAGUUUUGACAGCAAUAGAAAAGCCAGGCUUUGGUCCUAGCCAACACCUUACAUAUGCCUUCCAUAUAUAGUUCAAAGCCAGUAAUGCCAAUUAUUAAAUGACGAAUUGCAUUAUAUUACCGUACAUAGUAUUUGCAACAUCUUUGUCUUUCAUCUGUCCCCCGCUACCUCCUCCUCAAAAGGCCUUCUUCCACUCAAAACUCUACAUUAUCUCUUUUUCAUUUCCCUUCAAAACCAAUAUAACUGAGCCAACGCAAUAAUACAUAUUUCUUGCAGACUUAUCAGGUUUAUAUAGUUUUGUGCUAUCAAUUCUAAUGACCCUGUAUAUAACUGCAUAAAUCUAAACAAAGAUUUGAACCAAAUGUGCAAUCAGUCAUCUAGUUGUUUAGCGUGUUUUUGUGUUCAUCAUCUUACAUUCUAGGCCUACAUUUGAGGAUAAUUGAAAGAGCUGCUUUUGUUGGUUUUCAGCAGUUUAUGCAUCAUGAUUCUAGGAGAUGUCAGCGAGUCAGGUUUUGCAUUUGAUGCAUUACUUAUGUAAUUUAGUUUAUGAAGAAACAAAAUAUAGCUAAAAAACAAGCUUUUUAAUGAUUCAUAUGAACAUUUCUUUAUACUACACAUGAAUAUCAGAUAAUAAUUUCCAUUAGAGAAAAUUACACUCCUACUCACUAAAAGCUUCAUCUGGAAAAAUUGAGUUGAACGACUUGUGUUUGCUGGCUAAUGUGGUACCACUGGUAUCGGCACAUAGUUGAGAAUUUGGAGCAUCACUGAGUAAUAUUUAUAGUGACUUUUUAUGCAUUUCUUGACUUGAAGCACGAGCAUGAAUUCAGAAUAUAUAUGGUGUUUUUCUGCUGAUUGAAUCAUUGUCUACUUGCCUCUUUGUGUCUUUCAGACAGCAUACAGACAGGACCAGGGAAUGCAGAAAGAUGUGUUUGCACGCUGUGAACUUUUUCUCUGAAGCCGAUAAGGUUGUGUCCACUUCUGAAUUACCCCUAUUCAUUCUCGAUGAGGUUGGAUACUCAAUGGAUAGCAAAUUCAAGCUCUGUGUCCAAAUUCUUAAUAGAAUUGAAAACAAAGUUUCUGUCAUGUUGAUGCAUGACCUUGUUGAAGACGGUUGAUUUCUGCUGUAGGCACUCCUGCUCUUUAGAGUGUAUAUGUAAUAAUUGCUGGAGAUAGUACUUUAUUGGAGUGUGUUAGGAUUCGAACUUGGGAAUGGAGAAUAAGGGGAAAGUAUUGAUGCAAAAGUAUGAAUUUGGGAGAUUGUUAGGGCAAGGAAACUUUGCUAAAGUUUACUAUGCAAGGAAUAUUGAAACCAACCAGAGUGUGGCGAUUAAGGUUAUUGACAAGGAGAAGGUUUUAAAUGUAGGGAUGAUUGAUCAAACCAAGAGGGAGAUAUCUGUUAUGAGCCUGGUUAAACACCCUAAUAUCUUGGAGCUUUAUGAGGUCAUGGCUAGCAAAAGCAAGAUUUACUUUGUUAUGGAAUAUGCCAAAGGGGGUGAACUCUUCAACAGGGUGUCAAAAGGAAAGCUGAGAGAAGACAUGGCAAGGAAGUAUUUUCAACAACUGAUCAGUGCUGUUGACUUUUGCCACAGCAGAGGUUUUUAUCAUCGGGAUUUGAAGCUGGAGAACUUGCUCCUGGAUGAAAAUGGAAUUCUCAAAGUAUCGGAUUUUGGUUUGAGUGCCAUUGCUGAGUGUAAACAUCAAGAUGGGUUACUCCACACAACUUGUGGAACCCCUGCCUAUGUAGCUCCUGAAGUUAUAAACAGAAAGGGUUAUGAUGGGGCCAAAGCUGACAUCUGGUCUUGUGGGGUGAUCCUCUAUGUUCUAGUGGCUGGUUAUCUGCCAUUUCAUGAUUCAAAUCUAAUUGCAAUGUACAGAAAAAUAAGCAAGGCAGACUACAAAUUUCCUACCUGGUUUUCACCUGAAGUGAGCAAGCUGUUGUCAAGAAUCCUCAAUCCUAACCCAAAAGCUAGAAUUUCAAUUGCAAAAAUCAUGACAAAUCCUUGGUUCAAAAAGGGCUUUAACUCCAAACCAGUUCAGAAGAAAGAUGAAAUGGAAUUGGCUCCUCUCAAUAUUGAUGCCGUUUUGGGUUCUGAGACUAAUUACUACAAUGCAUUUGAAGCGAAGAAAGACAACUCUAAGCUCACUAAUUUGAAUGCCUUUGACAUUAUUUCUCUAUCAAGUGGGUUCGAUUUGUCUGGAUUAUUUGCAAAAAAUGAUGAGAAGAAGGAAGUAAAAUUCACUUCCAUGCAUACUGCCUCUGCCAUCACAUCUAAACUAGAGGAAAUUGCUCAGAAUUUGAAGUUAAAAGUUAAGAAGAAUGAUGGAGGGCUGUUGAAAAUGGAAGGAUCAAAUGGAGGUAGAAAAGGCGCCUUGGCUAUUGAUGCCGAAAUAUUUGAGUUCACCCCAUCUUUCCAUUUAGUAGAGAUGAGGAAAUCCAAUGGUGAUACAUUGGAGUUUCGAAAGAUGUUGCAACAGGAUGUUAGACCAGCUCUCAAGGAUAUUGUUUGGGCUUGGCAAGGUGAGCAGCAGCAACAACAACAACAACAACAGCUGCACUCAUCCUAACUCUCUUCGUACCGAAGUGUCUCAAGUUUAUUUUUUGAAUGAUGUGUUCUUUUUCUUGAAUAAUUGUAGCCAAAUUUGGAUUUCUCGAAAUCUACUUAAACGCCCAAUUCCAUUGCAAAAUUUUGGCUACUUGGUGUUAGUUACUUUUAUUAAUGUUCACAUGCUGGUUUCUUUUCUCCAUAGCUGGCAUGCUUCCAUGAUUUCUUGUUUGAGUUGUGUUGAAAUUUGAAUAGGACAUCUGUUACGAUUUAUGGUCACUUAAUUAGUGGUAAGAUAUUUGGUUACUAUUACAUGAUCAUGUGCUUGGCAGAGGCUCUUGGCUUUGCUGUUGAUAUCUAAAAAACAGUAAGGCUCCAAAACAUCCAGCUUUGCUGCUCUUCUGUUUCAAUCUCAAAUUCAGUAUCUGGUGCACGAAAUUGUCUAGAACUGCAACAAUGAUCUAGAAAUCAGAUUGUUUCUUCGUUGGUGGAGUUUA